UACCUUAUGAUGACAAAACCUUUUCGAAACGUUGUACAUUUGCUGUUAUAUUAAACUUAUAUUAAAGUUUUUCUUCAUUACUCAUUCAAGCCGUCUCCAAAUAUCAGUAGUAACUAUGUUCAGGCGGUUGUUAUAACGGGUCUCGACUGUCUAGUCUGUAAAUGUAAUCAAACUGAUUUCGAGAAAAGUUUGGAGAACUGCAAAGUGCAAGCUUCAGAUGAAAAUGGAAGUAUUAGAGAUCAAAAUUGAACCUUUUGCUGAUGAGGAACAGAAUGUUUUGUUGGAUCUCAAGUUGGUAAAAUGUGAAGAAGAAGAAACUGUAAAAAUAUCUUCACAUCGAACAGGAAAAGCUGUUUUAGGAAGAGGAUCUACAGAUCGCACCGUUGAAUUUGGUUCAGCAAAAGAGGAAAAAGCAGAGAACUACAUGUUUGAUGAGAACACUUUUGUCAGAGUGAAAACUGAGCAAACUUGCGAAUUAAAUCAAGAUGAGGUUAUUUCCAAGUUUAGUGAAAGUGAUGAAGAUGAUCUAUAUAGUUUAAAAGAUGAUGAUAAGGAUGUGAAAAAAGAAAAUGAAUUUAAAAACGAUUUGCAGAGCAUCCACUCUGGCCCAGAAUGUACAUCUGGAAAAAAUUCCUGUACAAACAGAAAAAUCUACGAUUCCCAGAAACCAUACAGUGGUGAUGUUUUUGGCAAAACGUUUUCAAAGGAAAGUAAUCUAAAGGGACUUAAAGUUUCUAAUGGUGAAGUUAAUCUAUACAGUUGUAUUUUGUGUGGUAAAGAAUUUAGUAGAAAAGGUGUCCUAAAAAGACAUGAGCGGAUACACACUGGGGAAAAACCAUACCGCUGUGUUGUAUGUGGAAAAGAAUUUGGAAGAAGAUGUUUUCUGAAGAGACAUGAGAGAAUACACACUGGAGAGAAACCAUACUGUUGUAUGGUGUGUGGCAAAGAAUUUGGAACAAAUGGUUACCUGAAAGAACAUUUAAGGAUACACACUGGGGAGAAACCAUACAGUUGCAUAAAAUGUGGCAAAGAAUGUGGAACAAACACCAACCUGAAAAAACAUGAAAGGACGCAUACUGGAGAGAAACCUUACAAUUGUGUAGUGUGUGGCAAAGAAUUUAGAACAAAUAGUCACCUAAAAAUACAUCUUAGGAUACACACUGGGGAAAAACCAUAUAUUUGUGUUGUAUGUGGUAAAGAAUUCAGAACAAAUGCUUACAGAAAAGCUCAUGAGAGGAUACACACUGGAAAAAAACAAUAUCAUUGUGUAGUGUGUAACAAAGAAUUUUCUUAUAAAAAUGUUUUAACGAAGCAUGAGAGGAUACAUACUGGGGAAAAACCAUUUAGUUGUAUUGUAUGUCAUAAAGAAUUUAGAACAAACUUUAACCUGAAAGUACAUCAGAGGAUACAUACUGGGGAAAAACCAUAUAGUUGUAUAGUCUGUUCUAAAACAUUUAGAAGGAGUACUCACGUAAAACUCCAUGAGAGGAUACACAUUAUAGAGAAACCACUCAGUUGUUUAGUAUGUGGGGAAAAAGUUGGAAGAGACUGCGAGUUAACAGCUCAUGAGAAAAUACAUAUUGGUGAAAAAGAUUUAUUUGAGAAUGAAACAAGUGUCAAUGAUGCAACAAUGGAAAUUUUAGAAAUAAAAGUUGAACCCAUUUUUGAUAAAGAGCAGAAUGCUGUGUUGGAUAUCAAACUGAUGGAAAGUCAAGAGAAAAGUAUAACAUCACCUAGUAAUAGAAAUAUAAUGCUGAUACCUCUAGCAACUGGGGUAGUUUCUUCUAUAGAAAAAGGAACUUUACAUGCUGUCCAUGAGUCAGUUAUAGCAGAAGAGGGACAUGAAAAGAAAUAUGCUGAAUUGAUAAGAAAGACUGAGAACACUUUUGUCAAGGAACAAAUUAACCCAACUGGUGAUUUUCAAGAAGUUGAGGAUAUUUUUAGGUUCAGUAAGAAUGAUGAUGAUCUAGAUAAUUCAAAAAUUGAAAUUUUGAGUAUUAAAAAAGAAAAUGAAUUUCAAGAAGAGAUGCAUCAACUUGACUCUGAGUUAGAAGGUAGAUUUGGUUUGUUGCAUGAAAUGAGUUUUACUGAUGCAGCAAUGGAGGUUUUAGAAAUUAAAGUUGAACCUGUUUCUGAUAAAGAGCAGAAUGCUCUGUUGAAUAUCAAACUGAUGGAAAACCAAGAAAAAAGUAUAACAUCACCUAGUAGUCCAAAGACUUGUUUUUGCAACUAUUCUGGAAAGCAAUUUCCUGGUUACAAUGGUUUGAUAAGAGAAACUUGUGACACAGACAACAGCAAUUCUCAAAAAACAACCAGCAGUGAUGAAUUUGGCAAAACACUUUUUAGGGAAGAUAACAUAAAACAAUGUCAGAUUCUCCACACAGGAGACAAACUGUACUGUUGUAAAGUAUGUGAUAAAGAGUUUAGAAGAAAAAGUGAACUAAAUGCACAUCAGCGUGUACAUAAGGGUGAGAAACUAUACACGUGUGUUGUUUGUGAUAAAGAAUAUGGAAGAAAAAGUGAACUAGAUAUACAUCAGCGUAUACACACUGGAGAGAAACCAUAUAGUUGUGUUGUGUGUGGCAAAGAAUUUGGAAGGAAUAAUCAUUUAAUCAGACAUAAAAAAAUUCACACUGGUGAAAAACCUUACAGUUGUGUAGUGUGUGGCAAAGAUUUUGGAACAAAGAGUCACUUAAAAACACAUUUGAUGAUACAUACUGGGGAGAAACCAUAUAAAUGUAUAGUGUGCGGUAAAGAAUUUGGAAGGAGUAGUCACCUUGAUAGACAUAAAAAAAUUCACACUGGUGAAAAACAAUACAGUUGUUCAAUGUGUGGUAAAGAAUUUAGAACAAAGAGUCACUUAAAAAUACAUUUAAGGAUACACACUGGAGAGAAACCAUACAGCUGUGUAGAGUGUGGUAAGGAAUUUAGUAGGAAUAGUGACCUAAAAAAACAUAAUAGGACACACACUGGAGAGAAACCUUACAUUUGUAUUGUGUGUGGUAAGAAAUUUGGCCACAUAAAUCAACUUGAAAUACAUGAAAGAGUACAUACUGGGGAGAAACCAUACAGUUGUGAAGUGUGUGGGAAAGAAUUUCGAAGUAGUAGUGUGCUAAGUAAACAUAAUAGGAUACAUACUGGGGAUAAACCUUACAUUUGUAUAGUUUGUGGAAAAGAAUUUGGAAUAAACUGUAAUCUUAAAGUACACAUGAGAACACACACUGGGGAGAAACCAUACAGCUGUGUAGUAUGUGAUAAAGAAUUUAGCAGAAAAAGUGACCUAAAAAUGCAUCAUCGGAUGCACACUGGAGAAAAACCAUAUAGAUGUGAAGUGUGUGGCAAGGAAUUUGGAAGGAAUACUAUCCUAAGCAAACAUAAAAGAACUCACACUUAACAAAAAGAUGCUUGUUCAAUGCAUGGCAAAGAAUUUAGAAAAAUAGGUUAUUUAUAAUUACAUCGGAAAGUACACACUAAGUUAAAAAUCAUAUAUCUAUAUAACUUGGAAGUAAUAUUGACUUGAAAAUAUAAUAGGAUACACAAUGGAGAGAAACCUUACACCUGUUUAGUUUGUGUGAAAGAAUUUAGAAGAAAAAAGCAAAUUAAAAAUACACCAACAGAUACACACUGGAGAGAAACCAUGGAGUUGUGAAGUGUGCAACAAAGAAUUUGGAAGAGGUUAUCAUUUAGACAUCAACAGAUUCAUAUUUGGUAAAGAAAUGCAUAAUUGUGUUGUCUGUGAAGAAAAAUUUAGAAUUAUGAGAUACUAGAAAAUAAUUGGUUAGAAAAGACGUCAAAAGGCUCAAAUUGGUGUGUCAUAAAGAGUUUAUAAUAACUAAUGACAUGAAAGCAUACAUGCACACACUAUAUAGAAAUGAUAUAGUAGUAUAGUGUGUACCAAAAAAGUUAUGAUGUAAAAAUGCACUAGAAGGUCACAUUUACAUAGUGUGUAUCUAACAUUUAUAAUGAUUACAUAAUCAAAAAUAUAGCAAAAGAUCCACGCUGAAAAAAAAACAUUUCUGUUGUUGUGUGUCUAUGGAUUUCAAAGAAAUGCUAACUUAAAAAGACAUGGUACACACUGAGAGAAAUGAUUCAAUUAUUGUGUGUGUAACAGAUAAAUAAAUAUUCUUAGUCACUAAUAAGACAUCAUAUUAUCCAGAAUUAAGAUAAAUCAUGCAAUUGUGAAGCACGAGAAAAAAUGUUAUUAUUCAAAAAGUAAUCAAGAAACCAUAUAAUCAGAAAACAGAAAAUAUGUGUCUAGUUAUUUUAUAUGUAAAGCCACAUUUGAUUACUUAUGGUAAAUAUUAACCAUCACACUUUGUAAUUUGUUAAAUAAAAAAUACAAAUCUGUAAAACAUACUUUUAUUUAUUACCAAUGUUUUAUUGUAUCAGAUUUACCAGGGUAUAGUAUCAAACAUCAUCUAAAAUAAUACAUAUUAAAAUGGGAUAGAGGAAUGAAAAACAGAUUUAAAUCAUACAACAAUAAUUAACUAGGGUGGCAUAAUGCAUUGCAUGUUACAGUUGAUAACAUUGAAACAAUGCAGCCAAUAUUAUAAGGUUAAGAAAUAGUACCAUAAUUUAAAAUUUGUAAUAAAUUAUACCAACUGUAGAUUUUUAUCAUAAAUUUUAAGUAUAUUAGUUUCCAGUGCUUUGCCAGCUUUUGUUGCUUAAACCUUAAACCCCCAGUGACACAGCUGUAUGUCUGCAAACUUACAAUGCAAGAAACCAGGUUUCAAUACCUUUUGUGGGC